GACACGGGCACCGCUUGAUUUCGCCUCUCCGGCCGGUUCGCGUGUCGUCACCUCGGCAAACUUCGUGCACCGUCGUCGUCCAGCGACUCGCUCCGUCGCGUCCGUCCGCCGAUCCGCAUUUCGUCCGGGCCGGCCGCCGUGUCCGUUCUUCUUCUUCUUCUUCUUCUUCUUCAGCGUCCGUCUCGACUCGCUCGCGUCGUUCCGCGUUCGCUUCGGCGUGUUUGUUUUUCUUUUCCGUUGGGAAGCGUAUACCCGUCGGCCGUUUUAUCGUGUACGGUUUCGCGCCUGCGCGUCCGUCCGCGUGUAUCGAUUGCCAUUUGUCGGUCUGGUUGCGAGCCAGAUAUCACACGCCGCUCGUCGUCGUUAACAAUUUAUUAUUAUUAUUAUUAUUAUUAUUAUUAUUAUUGCCGUCGCUGUUGAUAAUAAUAAAAUAUUAAAAAGAUAGUGUAAUAAUUUAAAUAUUAUAUUUUUUACUGUGCGUGUGUCCGUACGGCCCAUCGACUCUUCCGGCGGAGUUUUUCGUUGUUUGCUUAAUUGGUAUUACGUAUUAUCAUCGCCGUUAUGUCUGUCGAGUGUGCGUGAACAUCUGCACGACCACACGAGACCCGACUGAAAAACUGAAUAAACAUUACGACAGAGAAGGACUUUUCAAAGUUAUAAGUAAAUGGUCCAUACAAGAGCGUGUACGAUGGAUCCAGAAAAAAUGAAGAAAAAUCAGAAUAAAAAUCCAAAUAGAAGUAGAGCAAAGAACUCUGGAAAUGAAAAAUCAAAAAUGAAACCUGACAGUAAGUCGUCCUCUAAUUGUUCAAAUCCAGAGAGUGAAGAUGAUGAUCAAAAUAUACCUACAACAGCAUCAAAUCCAUCAGAAUUGGCUGGGUCAUCAAUAAAAGUAACUUUAAAGAAAACAAGGUCAUGUAGCAGUAGUUCUUCUAGGGAAUCCACCCAAUCGUUUGAAGUUGUAAGAAGACUUCCACCUACAGCUGAAAGUGUUUCUGGUGAAGAAGAUUGUGAAAAUCCAAAGGACUCUGAUCCGAAAAAAUCUACUGACAAAUUACCUUCUGUUGAUGAAGGUGAAAAUGAAAAAGAAUCUGAAGGAGAAUCUCAAAAUGCUAAUAGUUCUGACGACAGUGAUGUAGAAAUAUUAUCUGAUGAUUCUCAAGAAUCAUUUACUGAAAGACCAAGUCCAGCUGUUUCAGUUAAAUCUGAGGAGAAAAAUGUAUCUAUUAAUACAGUAAUAGAUUUAAAAACUGAAGAUUUACCUCAAAAUUCUACAGUGGUUAAGAAAGAAGAAUGUAAAGUGCGCCUUAAAACAUUGAAAGAAGAACUCUUAAAAGAAUCAGACCUGGAAGGUGAUAUAGUUGUCUUGAAAGAUGAUGAUGAAAAUGAUAAUAAUCAACCACAAAAUGGCGUUGAAAAGAAAGAAAUAAAAGAGCAAGUCAAAGAGCAAGUUAAAGAGCAAAAAGUUAAAAUUAAUGUCCGUUCUUUUGAUGAUUUAGUAGAUCCCCGUACUGCGAUUUUAAUUAAUAUGCCACCACCUGGACAACAAAUAGAUAGAGCACCAAAUUAUUUAACUCAAAAUGGUGGGUCUUUUCCACCACCAUAUUUGUCAUGUGAUGUUUGUGGAGUACAAUAUGAUUCUCCAGAGUUAUUAAAUGAUCAUAAAGUAACCAUGAAACAUUUCAAAUGUUCUUUCAAGGAAUGUGAACAUUUAGUAGUAUCGAGUCAACAAGAAUUUCUAGAUCACCAGCGUUUGGCUCACAAUAUCAUGCCAUCACCAGUUCAGCAAUUAGCACAUCAAGUCCAACGUUUACCAGCAAUGGGUUUUGAUCAACAAUUGCAGUCUGGUGUUCCACCAUUACCUGAGAACCUAACUCCUAGUAUGUAUACACAAUCAUUAAGGAUGCCAAAUCAGCCAGUUUCUAUGCAACGUGCAAUGCGUCCAAUGAUGAGGCCUGCCAUGCCACAUAUGAUGUCUUCUCCAAGAGGGCGUAAUGUACAAAGAGGAUCAACUAUGAGAGGAAGAACGCCUUCUUUAAAUUCAACUCCAAGAGGUAGUUCUUUAAAAAGACCAUUAACUACUCCUAGGAGAGGAGCUCCUCCUAUGAAACGUACAAGUUUAGAUAGAAAUUCCUAUACAACUACUUUGAACAAGACUCCUCCGAUUGUUAAAUCUAUAGCAGAAUCUUUAACUAAAUCUGUAACCAAAAAUUCAGCUUCUCCUGCUUCACAGCAAGAUGUUGUUAAUUUAUUUUCUAAACGAGGGCUCACUAUUAGCACGGUGGAUAAUGGAAACAACUCAACUAUUCCUGCUGGACUUAGCUUGAACUCUGCUGUUUCUAUUAUACCUACAUCACCUCAUAAGGUAUCUAGCAAUGUACCUAAUAAGAUAUCUAGCAAUGCACCUAAUAGUGUAUCUAAUACAGUAUCUAAAAAUGUACCACGUAAAAUAAUAAGUCAGAGUAUGGAUACUGUUGAUUUAACUGGUCCAGAUAAACCAAAAAAGUAUUAUCCUUGUGAAGUAUGUUCAAAAACAUAUACAAGUUCUGAAAAAAUGUAUGAACAUUUAGCUAUUGCACAUAAAUCAGUUUCAUUUCCAUAUAAAUGUAACUUGUGUCAGUUUGCUUCUCAAACUAUUGAGGCAUUAAAUCGGCAUAAAUUAAGUCACAAAUCAGAAACCAAUAACAUGUCAAUGGUGAUCCCUAUUGUAGACUUAAGUAAAUCCAAUACUCUUUUCAGAAUGAGGCAAAUGGGUAUCACCAAUUACAUACCGAUUGCCCAACUAGAUAAUCAAGGUGGUCAAUUUGGUGUGCCAAUCAUGACUUCUAAUAAUAAGACCGCCCAAGAAGGAUUGAAUUUUACUAGCUAUUUCAAUUUUGGAAGUUUACGAAAUAUACCAUGAAUAUUAGACAAAGACUGUUUUUAAAUAACAUCCAUUUUAGUUGUAACUUCUGCAUUUUCCUCAAUAAUAGCAGUUUUACACAUUUUAUUAUAAAUUCAUUAUGUAUCAAUAUAUUUUACUUUAAUUUGGUACAGUUCAAAACAUUAAUUUUGAUUAAGUUAUUUUUUUAAAAACAAAAUAGUUUCAGUUUUUCAAGUAGUAUUUUUUUAUGAUUUAAUUUGUUACUCAUUUUAUUAUUAUUAUUUUUUAUGUUUCAUCAAACUAAGCCAAAUUACAAAUUCUAAUUUUGGCAAACUGUCUUGUAUAGAUAAACGACUACU